AUGUCAAACCCUCCAUCCCCAAACGUAACUCCCUAUGCUUUCCCUCCUGUCCCAUCAUCAAGACCCCCUUCAAUUAUGCUUCCUGUAGAAGAAUCGGAUGACGAAGAAGAAUCAGCAAUUAUAGACUCAUACUCUUCGACCCCUUCCUACAAUUUAACCACAACCUCCCAUCAUAAUCAUAAUCAUAACCAUCACCACAUCUCUACACCUUCAGCACCAUCCUUUUCUAAAAAACGAUACUCAAAUGUUUAUGAAAAUGUCUCAUUAUCUUCCUUAGCUGCAGCUGCUGCUAAAGAACAACUUAAUGCAAACUCAAAUAAUCUCCUAGAAUCCCUCUUGGAUCCUCCAACUUCCUCCUCCUCCUCUUCUUUUUCUUCUCUCUCAGCAUCUCACUCUUCAUCUUCACUUAGAUCCAAUUUCCUCCACCCAAAAGCUUCUACAUCAUCUCUUAGAGCCCCAUCUCUUGCCCCACUUGUUCCUCCAUCUGCUCCAUUUGUUCCAGGUACUGGCCAUCGUCGUACAGUCUCUUCCUCUUCAUCAAUCUCUUCUCUUUCAACUGCUCCCUUUGCUUGGCCUCAAUACAAUUCUGCAUCUACCACUCCAAACCAGCCUUCAUUCCCCUCCUCAGGUGCUAGCCCUUAUAUGGCUUCAUCAUCUAUUCAAAACUCUUCAGUAUCACUCUCUCAAUUUGACCCAAACUUUUUACCACCACCCCCAAUUCCACCAUUUGCCGGAUCUUCCUCCUCAUCUCAACAACAACAACAACAACAACAAUUACCACAAAGUGGAUCUUCUACACCAAACUCUUUCAGGCCUGGCCAUUCAACCCACUCUUCAAUUUCUUCAACUUACUCCCUUCCAAUGCCUCAAUUCCCAGGUUACGAAUCAGCAUCAGGAUCAAGACCAGGCUCCCCAAGCGGAAUCGUCCCUCCAGCUCGCCCCGUUUCCCCAGGUUCCCAAGCUUACCAGCCCUUUAAUUUCCAAUCAACAACUAUGGCUCUUGGUGGCCCCCCUGUAUCAAGAGCUAACCAGCGCCGUGGCCACAAAUACAAGCAUUCCUCCGUCUCCCUUAACUUCUUCAAAGAAGAUGUUAGAGUCCCCCUCCAAAUUCCAGCCUCUCUGCCCAUCCCUACUUUUGCUGAAUGCCGCCAAUCCAUGUCCAAAGAUCAACUCAUCCGUCUCCUUUGGGGUGUCUGCCAUCUCUACAUGGCUUUCCUCAUCUACGUCAUUGAAUCUCCCUACACUGCAUUAUCUGCUCUUGCACAUCUUUUAUUCUACGACGCAAUGGGCGCCUUUCUAUGUGCUUUUGUCGACAUUCUUGGCAACUUUGACGUGUGGAAACGCUCCUCCGUCCAUCUCCCCUUUGGCCUCGAAAGAACAGAAGUUCUUGCUGGCUACGCUCUAGCAAUUUCUUUAGUCUUUAUGGGAGGUGACAUUCUCUCCCAUUCUCUCCAAGAUAUUAUUCAAGCCGUUUACCUAGGUGACUUUUUCGCCGCAUCGCAUGGACAUGGCUCACACCACCAUGGCCCAACAGACUCAGACCCUGCUGCCAUUGUCAUAAACUGGCGCAAAAUCUGCUUCCGUGUCAUUCUCGGCAUCAUUGCAACUAUAGUCUCCGCAGUAGGCUUUGAUAACCAUUCACGCAUUUCCCGUGCCCUCAAAAGCACAAACGCUUCUGCAAUCUCGUCCCUUCCUUGGAUCAUGAGCAAUCCUUCCCACUUCAUCACAGUAACUUUCUCCUUCGCCAUCCUACUCUACCCAAUCGAGUCUCCCUUUGUACGUAGAGUCAUCGAUACUAUACUUACCCCCCUCAUCGCAGCCUCCAUGUGCUAUGUAGGUUGGAUCCUGGCAAAAUCUCUAGGAGGAAUGCUCGUCAUGUCGUUCCCAGGUGAAAAUCGCACGGAUCUAGUUGAAGAACAAGUCCUCAAGCUUCGCUUCGUCACAAAAUGUUCCGAAAUCAGUGUCUGGCAGGUCCAUCACUCGGUGUGGCUCGCAUGCAUGAAAAUUGAAAUGAACGGUGGCUCGGAAUCCGACGAGCAAUACGUCAGAGAACAAGCUGCAAGACUUGUAAAGGAAAUCAUGGAGGACCACCAAGAUGAUGAAGAAGCUCACAAUCUUGACCAAAACGGAUUCAAUGAAUCCGGACACCGACGAGCUCCCUCAGAAGCUAAAACUUCUCUGGCAAGAGUUUUACGGCCGCUCCGGAUCGGCAAGCAACAGGUAUAUGCAUACAGUGAUCAAACCCGCUGGGAAGUCACCAUUGAUAUUACUCGAAAGUAG